CCCUCCUCGGCACACUGUGACAAAAAAGUCUUUUAUCACCUACGAAAUCAUAUUCCAGUUCCUCAAAGUGUGGAGACAUUUUCACCUGAUACUGCAUCAUUAGCUUUAUCUAUCAGGUUCUAAGGCAGCAGAGCAGAGCAGAUCGAUCUAAUCUAAUUUUCAGAGGCAUCUUCAUUCUUUUCCUUUCGAUUUCACCGCUGUUUCUACACAAACCCAAGGUAUCCAUAAGUUUCGUGACGUGACACAGGAAGCUUUGGUUUGACUAAUCAGUGUUGUACUUUAUCAAUAUCAAAAGAUAAAAUUUUGAUGGAAGGAUUGGUGAAUGCACGAAUCAUCACCCCAUAUUCUCCACAUUCUACAACUUCCAGACAUUACUCUCCUGUGCUUCGUGCUAUUUCUCAGCCUUUAUUUAAAAGUCAUCUUAGGCUGACGGGUCGAUUUAAAUCGUUAACUCCAAUUGGUAUAUCAAUGCAACCUGUGGAGGCUUCAUCUAUUUCUCACUUUGAUAAUACUCUACCUUCCAAAGAAGUUCUUGAGAUAUGGCGAAAUGCCGAUGCUGUAUGCUUCGAUGUGGAUAGUACUGUCUGCUUGGAUGAAGGAAUUGAUGAAAUUGCAGAGUUUUGUGGAGCUGGAAAAGCUGUUGCUGAGUGGACGGCUAGGGCUAUGGGUGGAUCUGUUCCUUUUGAAGAAGCUCUUGCUGCUCGACUUUCUCUGUUUCGUCCUUCUUUGACACAACUACAGGAGUAUCUAGAGAAAAGACCUCCCAAGAUAUCUCCUGGAAUUGAUGAGCUUAUCAAGACUCUAAAAGCUAAGAACACCGAUGUCUUCCUGAUUUCAGGAGGCUUUCGUCAAAUGAUCCAUCCGGUGGCAUUAGUCCUUGGAAUCCCUGUAGAAAAUAUUUUUGCUAAUCAGCUGUUGUUCGGAAGUUCUGGGGAGUUUGUGGGGUUUGACGAGAAUGAACCUACCUCGAGAAGUGGUGGAAAAGCCACAGCCGUCGAAAAUUUAAGAAAGUCACAUCAAUACAAGAAAAUGGUCAUGAUUGGAGACGGGGCAACUGAUCUUGAGGCUCGCAAACCAGGUGGUGCAGACAUGUUUAUUUGCUAUGGCGGAGUGCAACACAGAGAGGCAGUUGCAGCAAAGGCUGAUUGGCUAGUUUUUCAUUUCCGUGAUUUGAUCAAGUCCUUGGAGUAGUGUGUAGUAGAAGAAUUCACUAUUUCCCCUAUAAUUCAUUUUUCUAAAAGAUUGUACAAGUUCCAUUAGAAUUUUAUUGUUUGAUAUGAUUUUAACAUUAUAGCUUUCCUCUCUUACAGUUUGAUUUGUUAAACAGCUCAGAUUGUGGAUUAUAAAUAAAGAUCGGGUGUUUCAAGUCUUA